AUGGCAUCCCGGCCAGAAAUCAAAGAAGAGGACGAGUCAGGCUUCUGCAAGUUCUUUCGCAACUUGGGCGAGAAGCAUGACGAGACGGUGCGCAUAUUCGACCGUGGUGACUACUAUAGUGCCCAUGGUGAAGAUGCAAAGUUUAUCGCGAAUACGGUCUACAAAACAACAGCCGUCAUACGCAAACUGGGCCGCGAACCAGGCCUCGAGUCCGUCACCAUGACCAUAACCGUCUUUCGCAACUUCCUCCGCGACGCCCUUUUCCGACUCGGCAAGCGAAUUGAGAUUUGGCAAUCCACGGGCAAGCGCAUGGAUUGGAAGGUGGUGAAGCAAGCCUCACCAGGCAACCUGCAAGACCUGGAAGACGACUUAGGUGGUCAAAUCGAGAACGCGCCCAUUAUACUGGCAGUCAAGGUUUCGGCAAAGGCGUCAGAGGCAAGGAAUGUGGGUGUGUGCUUUGCAGAUGCCAGCGUGCGAGAACUGGGCGUCACAGAGUUUCUGGACAACGAUCUCUACUCCAACUUUGAGUCGCUGCUGAUUCAACUGGGUGUCAAAGAGUGUCUUAUUCAGCUUGAUUCAAAUAAAAAGGAUGUAGAGCUCAGCAAGCUUCGCACCAUUGCCGACAACUGCGGAUGCGCUGUGGCGGAGCGAGCACAAGCUGAUUUCGGCACAAAGGACAUUGAUCAGGAUCUACCGCGCUUACUCAAGGACGAGCGAGCAGCUGGUUCUCUGCAUUUGACGGAUUUGAACUUGGCCAUGGGUGCCGCUGCCUGUCUCAUCCGCUAUUUAGGUGUUAUGUCCGACUCAUCCAACUUUGGCCAGUAUCAGCUCUACCAACACGACCUGUCGCAGUACAUGAAGCUUGACGCAGCUGCGCUAAAGGCACUUAACCUCAUGCCAGGGCCACGAGACGGCGCAAAGAACAUGAGUCUAUACGGCUUGCUAAACCAUUGCAAGACACCAACUGGUAGCCGACUACUCGCACAAUGGCUCAAGCAGCCAUUGAUGAACGUCAAGGAAAUCGAACGACGUCAGCAACUUGUAGAAGCUUUUGUCAACGAUACCGAGUUGAGGCAGACCAUGCAGGAGGAGCAUCUUCGGUCUAUACCGGACCUGUACCGACUGGCGAAGAAAUUCCAACGCAAAGCGGCAAAUCUGGAGGAUGUUGUGCGAGCAUACCAAGUCGUUAUUCGACUGCCUGGAUUCCUCAGCUCACUCGAGGCUGUCAUGGACGAGCAAUACAAGGAGCCGCUUGACGCAGAAUACACGGAUAAGCUCCGCCAGUACACAACGGCAUUUGCUGGUCUACAAGACAUGGUGGAGACAACUGUUGAUCUGGAGGCUCUUGACAACCAUGAGUUCAUCAUCAAGCCGGAGUUUGACGAAUCCUUGAAGAUCAUCCGAAAGCGGCUCGAUAAGCUCAAGCGCGAGAUGGAGUCAGAGCACAUGCGCGUGGGAGAUGAUCUCAACCAGGACACGGAGAAGAAGCUCUUCCUGGAGAACCACAAGGUCAACGGCUGGUGCUUUCGAUUGACGCGCAACGAAGCAGGCUGCAUUCGCCAAAAGAAGCAGUACCACGAAAUUUCCACCCAAAAGAAUGGUGUAUACUUUACGACAAACACUCUACAGGAGAAGCGACGAGAGUUUGAUCAACUCUCGGAAAACUAUAAUCGCACACAAUCUGGUCUCGUCAACGAAGUCGUCUCAGUCGCAUCGUCGUAUGUUCCAGUCGUGGAGAAGCUUGCUGCUGUCCUAGCACACCUCGAUGUCAUAGUCGCUUUUGCACACGUUUCCGUUCACGCACCCACCUCAUACACUAGGCCAACCAUGCACCCUCGCGGGACUGGUAACACUAUUCUCAAAGAGGCACGACACCCAUGCAUGGAGAUGCAAGAUGAUAUUUCCUUCAUCACCAACGACGUAUCGCUCGUAAGGAACGAGAGCGAGUUCCUCAUCAUUACCGGACCCAACAUGGGCGGAAAAUCGACCUACAUCCGGCAAAUCGGCGUGAUUGCACUAAUGGCGCAAAUCGGUUGUUUCGUACCAUGUUCAGAAGCCGAACUAACAAUCUUCGACUGCAUCCUUGCACGUGUCGGCGCGAGCGACAGCCAGAUCAAGGGCGUGUCAACUUUCAUGGCCGAAAUGCUAGAAACAGCAAACAUUCUCAAGUCCGCCACAAAGGAAUCCCUCAUCAUCAUCGACGAAUUGGGCCGCGGAACAAGCACAUACGAUGGUUUUGGUCUAGCCUGGGCAAUCUCGGAAUACAUUGUCAAGGAGAUUGGUGCUUUUGCUCUCUUCGCAACGCAUUUCCAUGAGCUCACUGCGCUCGUGGAUACAUACCCUCAAGUACAGAACUUGCACGUUGUAGCACACAUAUCCGAAGGCAGCGCCCCUGUAGUCAACGAUGAUGGCGAUGUCGACAUGGACGCGGUACAAAAGAAGCGCGAGGUAACGCUCCUCUACAAAGUCGAACCUGGUUUCUCAGACCAAUCGUUCGGCAUCCACGUCGCAGAGCUCGUUCGCUUUCCGCAAAAGGUCAUCAACAUGGCCAAGCGCAAGGCCGAUGAACUGGAAGACUUUGCCGGAAAGCACGAGGAGGGCUUCGUGCAAGCAAGCAAGGAGGACGUCGAGGACGGUAGUCGCUUGUUGAAAGAGGUUCUCAAGACCUGGAAAGAAGAGGUGGAAAGCAAGGGUCUUACCAAGAAGCAGCAGGUGGAAAGGAUGAGAGAGCUGGUCAAGGGUAACGAGAAACUCAUGGUCAACAGCUUCUUCAAGGGUAUUCAAGCCUUGUAA